AUGCCAGAAGAAAAUUGGGUUCUUAAGAAAGUUCGAACUUUUGGAACAGCUUUCACAUCAGCCGGUGAGUUUUCAAGAAAAUAACAUUUGGAAUUAAACAAAAAAAAUUAUUUUUCAGGAUUUAAAGGAGCGGUAACACGAAGGAUUCCUAUCGUGAAAUGGUUACCAAAGUGAGUUAUUGAGUUUGACUUUAACACACACAUCGUUAAUAGUUCAGAAAAAUGUAAUCCACAUUUGUUAUUUAGAUAUCAAAAAUCGAAUAUCUUGUCUGAUAUUAUAGCUGGUAUCACAGUUGGAGUCUACAAUGUCCCACAAGCUAUGUCAUAUUCAACAUUAGCUGGCCUGCCACCAGUUUACGGGUUAUAUGCCAGUUUUUUCCCACCAUUGCUAUAUGCCUUUUUCGGAACUAGUAAUCAUACGAGUAUUGGUGAGCUCCUUCAUUUUACUUGUCAUUUUCUUCAAUUUAUAUUUCAGGAGUCUUCUCAAUCACAUGUAUGAUGGUUAACAAAUGUAUCCAAAAAGUGAUGCACUUGGAUGAUGUUUUUGAUGAAGAUGCUUUAUCACAUAUAAAAAAUAUAACGGCUGUUGAAAUUGUGACAAGUUUAUGUUUGUUGACUGGAAUUGUUCAAUCUGUUAUGGCAAUUAUUCGUUGUGAUAAAAUGAUGAAAUUCCUGUCGAAUCCAGCCAUUUCAGCAAUCACAUUUUCAUCUUGUUUUUUUGGAUUGUUCUCUCAAAUACCAAAAAUGCUAGGGAUCUCAAUUCCAUCGAGAGAUAGUAGAUUUUUUAAUUUAUAUUAUGUGAGUUUUUAUAUUUUAUCACAUUAUUUGUGAAAAAUGCAUAUUAAAAAACAUUCAGAAUAUCUAUGAAAUCAUAAUGAAUCUCCACGAAACAAAUAUGGCCACUCUCACAUUAUCGUUGAGUUGUUUAUUUUUCCUUCUGGCUAUGAAAUUAUGGGUAGAACCGAAAUUGCGAAAAUCUUCGUGUGGAAAUAUUCCAUUCCCAACUGAACUGAUCACGGUAUGUUCAAAAUUAAAUCUGAAAUAACCUGAAACAAAUAUAUUGAAGAUCGUUACAACGACUUUCCUCUCAUAUUACUUUGAUUUCGAAAAACGUUUUGGUAUCAAAACAAUUCACACAGUUCCUCGAGGAUUCCCAAAACCGGAUGUUCCACGAUUUGAUAUUUGGCAAUAUAUUAUCAUCGAUGCUAUUUCUAUCGGUGAGUUCAACAACUUUUUGAUUGUACUUUGAUGCGAUGACACGAAAAAUUGUCAAGAUUGUUUGUUAAUUGAUAACAAAAUUAAUUUUUGGGAGGUUCAUGAUCAUAAAAUUGUUUUUAAAUAUAUUUUAUGAUAAUUGUAAACUAUAAAAAUUCCAAGAAGUUUUAAAUAUCUCAACAAGAAAAAGUUGAAUACAUUCUAAAAUAACCUUUAUGAAUCUCGAAAAGGUUCGCACAUAUGUUAUUAUAAGUUUGCAUAAAAAAUAUAUGGGUAGGAAAAUCAAACUGUUUUCUGAUUCUGAAUAUGAAUAUUUUUUCAGCUGUUGUUGCUUAUGCGGUCACUAUUUCAAUGGGUCAAAUAUUUUCGAAAAAACACAAAUAUCGAGUAGAUUCCAAUCAAGAACUUCUUGCUCUUGGAAUCGCAAACAUUGCUGCAUCUUUCUUCUCAGUUUUUCCAACAUCAGCGUCACUUUCCAGAACUUUGGUCAAUGAAGAAUGUGGAGCGAAAUCACAGGUAUUCAAGUUUCUAAUGUUUUGUCAGUAAACUGAAUUAUUUUUCAGAUAGCCUCGUUGAUUAGCUGUUUCUGCAUUUUCAUUGUUAUCACAUUCAUUGGACCACUUCUCGCAAGUCUUCCUUCUUGCGUUUUGGCAACGAUUGUAACUGUAGCUGUUAGAUCACUUUUGAUGAAUUGUCGUGAUUUGGUGAAACUAUGGAAAUUCUCAAAACAUGAUUUUGUUAGUUUUUAAAAAAAAAUUAAAAUGCAACAAAUACUUUUUUUCCUAACAAUUUUUCACUUUUUUUUCAGUAUAUCUGGAUUUUCACUGCCUUUGUCACUUUAUCAGCGGAUAUUGCGGAAGGUGUUGCAGCUGGAAUUCUUUUUGCAAUUUUCACAAUUGCGAUACAAUCUCAACAGUAAGCCUUAUCACUGACUCAAUUCGACAUUUUCAACCAAAAAUAUUUUCCAUUUAGACCAUCAAUUAAACAUCUUGGCCAAGUUCGUCCCAAUGAUUUCCGUGCGAUGAAUCAUUACGGAGUUGCCAAAGAUACCUCAUUCCGAAUUAUCCGUUUUGAUGCGCCGCUAAUCUUUGCAAAUGUUGAUAAAUUUUUGGAUAAUGUUCGAGACGCGGCCGCAGACACAAAACAUCGAAGUGAGUUUGAUUGAAUUUGACAUAUCUUUUUUUCUAUUUUUGUAAUUGAUUUGAUAUCAUUCAAUUUUUGAAGAGGGCAGCAAUGAAUCGGACAAUGAUGAUUGGGGAGCGAUUAUUUUAGAUUGUCAUACGUGGAUUUAUACUGAUUCCAUGGGUAUUGAUGCAGUUCAAGAGAUUGAUGAGGAUUUGAAAAAUAUGAAGAUUCUCAUUUUGUUUGCAAAUCUGAAAUGUAUGUGGAAAAACAAAGUUUCGUAAAAUAUUGAUCGAUUUUCAGCAUCUCUCCGACGUCAAUAUGAAACUGCAGGCCUUCUCAAUCAUAUUUCAUAUCUUCAAUUUUAUCCAUCGAUUCAAGACGCUUUAGAAUCUGCUCAUCAAUUAGUAGCAACUCAGAAAUCCUUUUUUGAUGUGGAAAAAGUUUGA